CCUCCUAGUACAAAUUGUGUACAGAGCCUACCAGUACGGUUUCAAGGGAACCAAGAUGCUAGCUCAAAGUUACGUCGCUGGCCAGACCUUCAUAUGCUUCAGCAACCCAUGAAGCAGCUGGGUUGCAGCCCAGCACUGCCACACUUCAUCCUCCGUCAAACGUCCUGCGACGUUUCUCGACAGAAACGCAGCAAUCGUUCUGCACCAAAAUACGCACGUUUUUUCUCUCUCUCUCUCUCCCUCUCUAUGCUAGAAAUUCUCUGCCUGCUUCUAGUGGUUAGCUAAUAAUGGAGGCUUUCAGCGUAGCAAUGACCAAUAGGUCGCUCCGGACAGUCAAGGCAGAAUUAGAGUUCCUAGCAGAUAAUGGCACCAUUACGCAUGCACAGCUAUCCUCGAUCUUGAGCCAAUUGCCGUCAGAGACCCAAGCCGUAAGAAAUUCGCAAGCAACAGCCGUAUCGGCGCCAACCUCAGGAUCUGUACCUGUGGCCCCCAUGAGUAACUUGAAUUUGAACGGCAGCCACGCAGAAGCAAACGCUUUCAAUAGCAGCAACGAGAAGCAGAACGGUUACUACCAACCACCAGCUCAAGAGGUCAAUCCACCUCCAGCCUACCCUGCAACGCCACAGCCCCCUGUCGCCGCUCCUCUUACAUAUGCUGUUGCUCUAUAUGUAUACAAUGGCAAUGACGCGGGCGAUUUAAGCCUGCAGGUCAAUGAUCGUAUUGCUGUGACAGAAUACAUGAAUGCAGAUUGGUGGAAGGGUCGCAACGAGAGAACGAAUCAGGAAGGUAUCUUCCCACGCAAUUAUGUCAAGGUUGAGGACGUCAAGGCGCCGGCUGGUCCGUCGAGUUAUGGGAACAUGCCCAUGGAUGUGGCUCAGGGCGGUGGCUCCUCACAACCAAGUAAAGGACAGGAGAUGGGCAAGAAGUUUGGCAAGAAACUUGGCAAUGCGGCAAUCUUCGGUGCCGGUGCGACAAUGGGCAGCAACCUCGUCAAUAGUAUAUUCUAAUUGAUCUCAUGAACGGGAAAGGGGCAAUGGGUUUUUUGGAGAGUUCAUCAUAUGAUGGAUGUGAGCGAGACCUUGGAGAUUUCAUUUUGUCCUCAGCAGCUGUCUCGAACUCGACUCAUGGCAAGAAGUACAAGUUUCCAAUCGCGUAUUUAGAUCCAUAAGAGGGACAAUGAUCUAUUCCUAUCCGUG